AUGCAUAGGGAAAAAAAACGUAAGAGAAGCGCACUUCUAAUAAUCAAUAAGUUUUUCAUCAUGAUCAUUUUUUUAAGUAAUUUUGGUUUACUGAGUUAA